AUGUCUUGGUAUUCAAAAAUUUACAUACGAGUUCGGGAGAUUCGCUCGAGAAAUCCGAUUUUGGGAUGGUUCUGCACGCGACUUCUCAACACUAUGCUCACAAUUCAGCUUUUGGGCGUUCUUUUUACGUGAGGCUCAUUGACUUUUCUUCUAAUGGAAAGGGGAAUUUUAGUGUUUAUGUUUACCUAACAGUUACUCUGGGGUUCUACGUUCAAUCUUCUUUACAGGUUUUUUUUCGCAGCUUUUUAGAUCAGAUAAUUCAAAGAAAAAAAAAUUGAAAUUGGCAAUUUUGCGGAAAAAAAAUGAUGAACUAAUUUCUGACCGUCGUCUUCCUUGAUCUGAGUUUACGUGAAAAGAAAGCGGAUAAUUUAUUCACACAGUCUUCUGUUCGCAUACCUAAAAAAAAAUUAGACAUCGAAUUAAAAAAGAGAAACGACAAAACUGAUAAUUUUUCCUAGAAUCAUAACUGAUUCACGGCUGACUUGAGCCAUCGAAAAAAAACGGUCCUGACCCUACACCCAACAUAAUUGCCGAUAUCGCAGCGGGCCGCACGCGAUAUAGCCAAGGCUUCUUGCUGCGAUCUCGUCAACAUGUCGCUGCCCUAUCGCUCCCUCUCAAAAAUUUGAAAUUUGAAAAACAUUUUUUUUGCUUUUUUUUUUAGACUUUUAUGAUGAAAUCAAUCAAAAUCAAGAAAAAAACAUUUUUGAAGAAAAAUUUUUCAGAGAGCGAUAUAGCGCAAGACGUUUGCGAGGUCGCAGCGAGAGGCGAGCGAUAUCGCUCGCGGCUCCCCCGCGGUAUAGUCCACAAAUUUGGGUGUAUAAGAAAAGAGACAGCGCCUGGUUGGUGGAGAGUGCAGACAGGCCACGCCCUUUGGCGUCCCAAGUUAUUCGUGAAUUGGCUAUACAUACCCAAAGAAAAGAACAAGAAAAGUCUCGAAAAUGGUCUAAAAAAGUUGACAAAAGACCCCAAAAUGACCACUAUUUUUCACUUAUCCUACAGGCAUCAAUUUAUUUGACCGUGCUCACCUUCCUUUUAUGUAUGUCUCUUUGGAGCCUCGGAAAAACAAUAUUCACUCCAGUUGCUCGUGUCCCUCCCCGCUUCAAGGUUCUCGGAAAGAUUUACUCGGAUCCAUAGAAAGUUCUUUCGAUUCAGCCUUGUCCCGAGCUCGACAAGAAACUUCGAAGUGUGACUCCACAAGAGAACGGCCGGUUUUUCGUUGAAAAAUCGACCGUCGAUCAGGUGAGUCCCUAACUCUGAAUCUCUGACUUUCCACUUUUUGAAGCAAAUAAAACAGUGCGAGAUUCUUGAGCAAAUGUGCGCCCUGAUGAACAUCAGCGUGGCCGAGUGCGAUCAAGUUGGACGGAUAAAGUUUUUAUUUUUGGUUGUUAAACGUUAGGGAUUGAAUUGAAAACCAGGAAAAUUCUCUGGAAACGAAGAAAAAUGCUCAAAGCUUUUUGCGAUAUCCUGUUUUCGUGAUCUGGAGCAAUCAGUAGAGGCCUGGGGCGAUGCAAAAUUAGUCUCUGGUUCGGAUCCUUUCGCCGCGAUUUUUUGCUCAAAUAAUUUUGAUUUUAUUUUUGACUUUAGACUUCAUUUGCCAAUUUCAUACUGGAAUAUAAUUAAUCUUUUCACUUUGGUUAAUUUUGGAGAGUGUUUUCAAAAGAAAAUCUCGCAAUAAUAGGCUUUUUAAUAUCCUUGGAACUUUGGGCUUCUGAAAAGCACGAAGUCUUUCAUCUUUUUCCAAAACAGGUACUGCUACGACUGCGGCCACAUAAAACCGGACCGAGCACGACAUUGCUCAUCUUGCGGCAGUUGCGUCGUCAAAUUCGAUCAUCACUGUCCCUGGAUCAACAAAUGUGUUUCUCAUGUGAAUCAUUUUGCGAAAAGUUUCAAUUCAACCUUCUGAAAUAGGCUAACUACAAGUACUUCCUACUGUACGUUUUCUACACAACCAUACUCAUUAUUUGGUUGGUUUUCUCACUAUUCGCAACGUUUUCUGGAUCUAUAGGUAUUUACUGACAUCGGCUGAGAGCUUGGUGAGAUACUUCAUUCACCAAAAAUGGAUCGAGGAACUUAAAUACGUCGGACAGGUCGUCUUCACGAUGGCCUUGGGCGGUCUUUUCGGGUGAGUUGGAAAUUUUUUAAAUUUUUAGAAAACACUUUUUUUCGUUUCUAAUCUCAGCGAUAACUAGAUUUGCUUUUCUCCGAACUUCUAAAAAAAGACUUUGAAAAAUUGGAGAGAGAAAAGUUAAUUUUUAGAGAGAAAAAUUAAAGUCGGAAAGGCUCGCAAUUAGAAUGUUUCGGUUUUUAGUGCGGCAGACCUGAAACGACUUGCGCGCUUUGACAUUUGAAAACAUCAGAGCACGAUAAGUCCAACCGCGACACAUAUUCGAUCCAUUCCAAAUGCGACCACAUUUUUUCAAAAUUAAAAAUUAUAUUUUAAUCUCCCUUGAAUCUGAUAUUUUUUUUCAGAUAUUAUCCACUAGGAGAACUCCUAAUUUUUUUCACUGGGAACUUCUAGGCCUCAAUGAGACGACGUGUGAACAGACGAAACCGGCCGUUUUGAGGUUGAAUGUUAUCUUUUUAAUAAGAUAAAUGUUUUUUUUUCAGGUUCGACAACAGAGCCGACUACAACUUGGGCAGAGCCAGCAAUUUGAGAAAAGUCUUCGGAUGGGGCCUUUGGUUCUUACCCAUUGAAACAUCGGUCGAAGAUGGCAUGCACUACGAGAUUAGGUUUCGAUUUGUCGAAAAUGUCGGUCUCAGAAAUGUUCUUGUAGAUAUCUGGCCCCAAAACUGACUGGUCGAUACGUUCGCAUCGAAGAAAGUGAAGAAUUGGACGAUUCUUCCGACGUCUCUUCUUAUAAUACACAACUAGACGUCGAAUAA